AAUAAUUUAUCCCUAUAGCAACCUUGAGAUGACAACCACAUAUUGAUAAAACUUUUCACUAUGACGGAACACUGUAAAAUAUUUAAGCCCGAGCCAGUGCUCACCUAUGAGUCAAUAUGUGCAGCGAUGUCGUCCUCAUCCAUCGCAACACUUCCAUGUGUCAGCGACGUGUUUCCAGAUCGGUCAUCCCUUAAAGUCAAUUGUGACAAAAACUCGAAAAAAGUCCAUUUCGAUCGGACAAGAGAGCCAAAAGUGCGACGAAUCAAUAGAAAGAAGGAGCCAUUAAAACUGCCUCGGAUUAAAAAACGAUAUUUCACGGCAGGAACUGGGAUAAAUGAUCAGAACCAAAGGGAUUUGCUCAAUGAACCGUCCCCGUUUGUCUAUCCGAAAGAUCAUGAGGAAUUGGCUCACAAAGUCAUGACGAAGGAAUGGAGGUCGGACUUGAGAAGGAAAGAAAUGUCUUACAAGUACAACGAACGGCACAAUUACAAGUCGAGACAACAAGCCGAUAUGUUGAACAGGUUGUACGUUAAAGAACCUGAAAUUAGGAGUGCUAAAAUGGUGCAGGACGUAGAUCCUGAGUUUUUCACGAUUGUGCAAGGGAGACCAAUUCCUGAGAAACUGAAACUGAGCCGAUACAUACAAACGGUGCGAGAUGUGUUGAAAACUAAAAUUCUUACAGGGUAUCGCGGUGACGAUAUUAUGCUCAUUGAUGAGAGUCUGAUUUUGGAGCAGAAAGAAAUCGAUAGAAUCAAAGCGAAUUAUCAGACUUAUGUGAACACUUUUGAGGAGUUUCUCUAUAAUGACCACACCGCAUCCAUGAAUUUGUUGAAAGAGUCCGAUCGAGAGGCRAUGUUGGCUCAGGAAAAGUACGAGGAGUAUCGACAGCUGUCUCGGGAGUAUGGGGCGUUGAAGUCAGUUUUGUACAGCACAGAAGAGAAAUGGCGGAAUUGUAAGUUGUAUCAGAGGUUUCUGUAUUUGGUGAGUCCCAUGUCGUGGAGGAAGGAACACGAUUAUUAUUACWUGCAAGAAGGAGAUCUUGCCGCAUUUCAAGAAGUGUCGUCAAUUUUUGGUAAAUACCGCCUGAAUGUGACUGAUGAAACUGCCUCCUUGGAAGAUUUAAUAAGCCAAUUCCGGGAAGACUGCGCGAGUCAGAAAGAACCMGCUUUGUAUUUUACUGACCCCAAUCAACUCCUCGACGUUUUCAGAUUUAUGGAACUCCAAAACUUGAACUCUCUUCUKCAUUCCGAGGAGUUGGCCGUCCCUUUGGAAAACGUGCAAGAAGGAAUGGCUCGCGCCGAGGAAUUGUUCAACGCUGAAAUAAACUCGCUUCAGGAACUUAUCGAGAAAUUAGCGAGCGGUAUUUCGUGGGAGGAGGAACGUGCCAGGUACUUGGAGGAAUUAGCGGUGGAACUAAUCAAUGGAGAAUUCAAGAAAUUGGUAAUCGCUGAGGAAGUUCUCAAUCUGCACGUGUUCGUCGAAGACGUUUAUGAAACUCGGAUCGGUCCCAAUGACGCCAAUUUGACUAUGAGCGAAAUGAUGAAAAUGAUUGAAUCGAAGUUUCGCGAGGAGCUUAUCAGUCUCGAUCAAAUGCCUUCGGAGCAAGUGGCGCAAUUGGAAGUUAGCUGCUACAGGGAAGAGGCGAAAAUGAUGAAAGCGGCGCAACAAGCCGCGAGGCAGUUACUUGAAUUUGAAAUGCUAUUCUUGAAGUUGCAGAAGGUGUUUUCGCCGCCGCAUAAGAGGACCACGAGAGAGCUGAAAUGGAGGUCUCCACCUGUGAAUCCACCAAAGCCAGUGCCGCCCCCUCCGAGAUUACUUACAGAGGAGGAGAAAGAGUUUCUUGAAUUCUUCACCGAAUAUUGCAGAUAUACCGAUGAUCUGGCGGAUUAUGGGAUUGAUAUCUCACGCCCUCAAGAACCAGAGGCUGAAAAGACUUCGGCGCAGAAAGAACGUUCAAGGCUGUUAUUGCAGGAAUAAAAAUCUA